GCAGGCCCAAGUUCUCCUCCACCUCGUCACUCUUACCGCACUCUCUCUUUUUUUUUUUUCUCAUUCGUUUUCAUUGUCGCCAUUUUUGACCUAAUGGCCGUCACCUCCGCUUCGUGCCAUUUCUUAGCCCUUCCCAAACCCUUCAUCCCCUCCGCCGCCGCCACCGCCACCGCCGCCGCCGCCUCCUUCGAUCCCCGUUCCACAGCUGCCAAUCAUGGCGGUCCCGACAAGCCCUCCGCUUGCCUCCGCCCUGGCUCCUCCUCGUCUCUCCGCCAUUUGGGUUUCUCAUCCGCGCUCAUCCUUCGGUUUCCGCCCAACUUCGUCCGCCAGCUUAGUACCAAGGCCCGCCGUAAUUGCAGCAACAUCGGUGUAGCCCAGAUCGUCGCCGCUUCGUGGUCAAACAACACCAACCCUGUUCCUCCUCCCUCCGCCGCCGCUGCCAUCGAUGGCCCACUUGCGGCUGUCCCCUUGGCGGCGGAUGCGGAUUCGGCUGCUGUCGUCUUCGAUGGCAUCGCCAGUCCUCCACAGACUGCAGAUGGCCCUAAGGCCGCUGCUUCUGCAUCUGCGAUUUUUAGCUCCGAUGGGAGCCUUGCUGUCCAUGCCGGUGAAAGAUUUGGGCGCGGCAUAGUUACGGAUGGUAUCACCACCCCUAUCGUCAACACAUCUGCUUACUGGUUCAAAAACUCUAACCAGCUGCUCGAUUUCAAGGAAGGAAGGCAUACUAGCUAUGAGUAUGGACGCUAUGGAAACCCAACCACAGCUGUUUUGGAGGCAAAGAUAAGUGCAUUGGAGAGAGCCGAGUCUACCCUGUUUAUGGCUUCCGGUAUGAAUGCUUCUGUUUGUCUGCUCUCAGCACUGGUACCUGCUGGUGGCCAUAUUGUUACGACCACUGAUUUCUACAGGAAGACUAGGAAAUACAUGGAGAACGAGCUCCCCCAAAAAGGGAUCACAACAACUGUCAUUGACCCAGCUGAUGUUGACUCUUUGACGGCUGCUCUGGAUAAACAUAAUGUAUCUCUAUUCUUCACCGAAACACCAACUAAUCCAUUCUUCCGAUGUGUUGAUAUCAAGUUGGUUUCAGAGCUUUGCCAUAGCAAAGGUACAGUGGUUUGCAUAGAUGGCACUUUUGCGUCACCUAUUAAUCAGAAAGCCUUGAUGUUGGGAGCCGACCUUGUUCUGCAUUCUGCAACCAAGUUUAUUGCUGGUCAUAAUGAUGUUCUUGGUGGUUGCAUCAGUGGCUCAGAGGAACUAAUUUCCAAAAUACGCCUGUAUCACAAUGUUGUUGGUGGUGUUCUAAAUCCUAAUGCUGCGUAUAUGAUCCUUCGAGGUAUGAAGACAUUGCAUCUUCGUGUACAGCAACAUAACAGUACAGCAUUGAGGAUGGCCCAAUUUUUAGAGGAACAUCCCAAGAUUAUACGAGUCUAUUAUCCGGGAUUGCCAAGUCAUCCGGAGCAUCACAUUGCCAAAAAGCAAAUGACUGGUUUUGGUGGUGUGGUCAGUUUUGAGGUUGACGGUGAUUUGAGGACUACUAUGAAGUUCAUUGAUUCUUUGAAGAUCCCUUAUAAUGCCCCAUCCUUUGGAGGCUGUGAGAGCAUUAUAGACCAACCUGCCCUCAUGUCAUACUGGGACAGCCCUUCGGAGAGAACCAAAUAUGGGAUCAAGGACAACCUGGUGAGGUUCAGUUGUGGUGUAGAGGACUUUGAGGAUCUGAAGGCUGAUAUAGCUCAGGCCUUAGAUGCCAUCUAAAGAUUCCAUGCCUGAUCUUCAUAUCUGGAUUCUUGAUCUCUUCUUAUUAUAUGGACUCUUUGAUGAUUCUUCUGCUGUUCUUCUAUGGCUUGUGCUUGCAGUUUGCUUGAACUUUGUUUGCUGGGGAUCUUGUGUUAAGAACUUUGUUUCUUUAAUCAUGAACUUUUCUUUGAUUC